CUUCAACCCAUGGACGGAGCCUGUCUCGAUCUGACAGUGUGUCUGCGGCGAUGUCGAAAGAAGCCUGCGGAAUAGCGAAGUGUUGGUGAUCUUGAUCCUGGGUUGGAAAUGUUCUCAAGAGGGGCCGGCGUACGAAUUCUACGAAACUGCACCCGAGCUACGAGGAUCGCAUCAACUUCAGCAGCCCGCGCAGUCCCCAAACGAUUCUCGUCGUCCGCCACCCUCAUUGGCAAUGGCACACCUCACACAGCCCAUCCCCUGGCAGGGGUUGCCUCACAGCUUGACCACGUUGCCCCGCGCUUCGAGAUAGACCCGGACAACAUCAAGAUCCUCGACUCUCCUACCGCUUUCUACGAGACGCUGAAGGUAUUGAGUAUCGGAGAAUGACAAGAGACGAAUAUCCCGCUAAGGCUUUUCGCAGGCUAAAAUUCGAGGGGCGAAAACGAGGAUAUACCUGUCCACAUUAUACAUUGGAAAGACGGAGCAUGAACUGAUUGAUACCCUAAGGGAAGCUCUCGAGGCCAAUCCCAACCUUGAGCUCUCCAUCCUGACAGACGCGCUUCGAGGCACCAGGGAAGACCCUGAUCCAUCAUGCGGGACUCUGCUUGCUCCGUUGAUCUCUCAGUUCGGCGACAGAGUUAGGAUUUCAAUGUUCCACACUCCGAAUCUGAAUGGGUGGAAGAAGAAGCAUAUGCCGAAGCGUAUCAAUGAGGGGUGGGGUCUGCAGCAUAUGAAGCUCUAUGGAUUCGACGACGAGAUCAUGUUAUCAGGGGCGAAUUUGUCCAACGACUACUUCACGAAUCGAUUGGACAGAUACCACAUCUUCAAAUCCAAAGAGCUUACAGACUUCUACGGUGCAGUCCAUGAAGCAGUCUGCGAUCUGUCUUAUACCCUUGUCCCCACGGACGAACGUCCCGGCGGGUUUGAGCUGGUCAGCCCUCAUGAACGUGGCUUUCCAGAUCCGCUCUGGCACACGAAGAGAUACAAGGCAUAUGCAAAACACACCCUCGAGCCACUCAUCCACAAGAAGGCGAGACAGAAAAUGUUCCCUGUCCCAUUUACGAAGGAGAAGACAUUCGUCUAUCCCUUGGCACAGUUUGAUGUCUUGCUCGGCCAGCCCAAAAACAUCGCCUUUCUCGACUAUGAAUUCGCAACAUACACCUCGACCGAGAAACCCGCGAUAACGCGAUUAUUGACUAACCUCGCCGAAGACGAACGCCUGCACAAGUCCCGAUGGACCUUCACAGCAGGAUACUUUAACAUAGACCCAGAUAUAUGCAAACUCCUGAUUGCGGCAGCACCAGAACCAGGCGUCUUGGUCCCCGGCGCCAAAGCAUUUGAACAGGCGUGCACGGUGAUCACUGCAUCACCCUGGGCCAACGGCUUCUACGGCAGCCCGGGCGUAAGCGGUAUGCUACCAGCAGCAUAUACUCUGCUCUCACGCCGCUUUCUCCGCACCGUCGCGAAUGCAGGCAAGGAGCACCAGAUCCAACUGAAAGAGUGGCGGAAAGGCACCGUCGGCGAACCAGGCGGCAUGACGUACCAUGCUAAAGGCCUCUGGGUGACGCUUCCUCCUCAACCUGGUCCAGACUCGACUCUUGUCGAUGAAGCAGGGCCCAGCGUCACCAUCGUGGGCAGCAGCAAUUACACCAAACGAAGUUACAGUCUCGAUUUGGAGAUCGGCGCGAUGGUCGUCACGGGCGAUGACCGCCUAAAGGCCAGAUUGAGGAAAGAGACGGAAAACCUCGAGGCAGAUGCGACAGUUGCGACGCAAGAUACUUUGGCGCGAAUCGAUCGAAGAGUCGGUCUGAAGGUCAGACUUGCCCUGUGGUUGGUCGAAGCACUGGGUGGUGCACUUUGACAGCUUGGCCAUUGUCCUUACCGUUUGUUUUGUCACGAGGACGUCUUUCGCCUGAGUAUUGGCGAGUUCUAGAACCAGCACAGCCGACCCCAAAGGCAGGUCAUAUGAUGCUGUUGCUAACGCGAGGAUCGCGCUGGAGGCCGACAAGGCUUCUCGAGCCUUCUUUCCAACAGGAAUUGGUGCAUCUGGAGUCAUUGGAAAGACGCUUUUCCAGGACGCCGAAGCUAUUGAGGCACAUCGGGGCGGAUAUCUGCCAUUCGUCACGACGGACAAUCUUCCCCGUCAAUGUGGGGGCUGCCGUGAUGAACUUGCUGGGUCUUCGUCUGUCCCCGAGACUGUCUGGGUGUACGAUAGUAGUAGUAUUGUACCACAAAUAUAAUGUUAGAGUAUAGAAUAUGGACAACUCAGCUCAA